UGCUAUCUCUGGGUCUGGCUACUUCGUCCUGUCUUCCUUCAUUCCGGGUUAAAAGGGAAGCACCCAAGGAGCUUCGCGAGGACCCGCGACCUUUAACCCAAUAUGGCGGCGCCCGUGUUUGGGUCGUGGUCGCGGUGAGGCCCGGCGGACUUGGGACCAGGCUCCCGCUCCUUUAUCCUCUCUGGCUCGUGCCCAACAGCCCGCGCCAUGUCGAAACUCAACCGGGCCACGCGCUCCAUUCGGAAGAUCGAAGGCAGCGGCGUCAUCCGGGCCAUCGUACGCGCGGGACAAGCGAUGCCCGGACCCCCACUGGGACCCAUCCUGGGCCAGCAAGGCCUUGCCAUCAGCCAGUUCUGUAAGGAGUUCAAUGAGAAGACAAAGGACAUCAAAGAGGGGAUCCCCCUACCCACCAAGAUCAUCGUGAAGCCUGAUAGGACUUUUGAGCUCAAGAUUAAUCAGCCUACAGUGUCCUACUUCCUGAAGGCAGCAGCUGGGAUAGAAAAGGGAGCCAGGCGUACAGGGCAUGAGGUAGCUGGGCUGAUCACUUUGAAGCAUGUGUACGAGAUAGCCCGAGUGAAGGCUCAGGACAAAGCCUUCGCUUUGCAGGAUGUCCCCCUGUCCUCGGUUGUCCGUUCCAUUAUUGGUAGUGCCCGGUCGUUGGGCAUCCGAGUGGUGAAGGACCUCAGUGCAGAGGAGCUAGCUGCCUUCCAGGAGGAGCGUGCCCAGUUCCUGGCUUCCCAGGCCCUAGCAGACGCUGAAGCUGCGGCGGAGGCAGCGACCAAGAAGUGAGGCGUCUUGCCCAACCCUCUUCUGAUCCCCUAGAGUCUUUUGCUGUGUGCACCUGAGGGGCAGAGGGAGCCGAUGGCUCCUGUGACCCUGCUUACUUUUUAUGUAUUGUGUCAGUCUGUGAUUUAAAGGGCUAAAGACCCCAUAAAUAACUGUAUCAUUUGUUA